UUUCAACGUGUUCGCGCCAGGAAAAGCGUUCGGAUUACGAUUUCGAUUUCGAAAUAUUUAAAAAUAUCACUCAUACGCACGGGAGAGCGAGUGACUGAAAGUGAGAGUGAGAGUGCACCGAUAUUCACAUGGCACUUGCCACUAAAUAAAUAAAAACCAAGUUUUGUUUAUUCAAAGCGAAACGGAGAAAGUGUUUUAAUAAUCACCAUUUAGUAUAUAAUCAAGUGAAAGCCUGCCUGCCAGCAGCGCACUAAUUUAUAAAUAAAUAUAUUAAAUAUAUUCUGGCGUGUGUGAGUGAGCAGCAUCGAUAAAAAGCUUGCCGAAGAAUUUCUUCUGAGGCGAAAUGUGAAAACAAAUUAGUUAAUUAAUCGAUUAAGCCAAAGAACUCCCCCAAAAAUCGAAUUGUAGAUCAUUUCAUUCCAAUUUAAUUAAUUCCAACUCGCCGAAAAACCCUUGGCAUUGAUUGUUGACAUUGUCGCCGCAAAGAUAUGCAAAUGGGAAUAUGCGAAUAUCUUGCACACACAGGCACACACAAGUUGUAAAUUAAAUUCCCAAGCAUAAAGUGUCGACGACGCCGGUCGAAAGCGGGAACAAAGGACAUCGUCACCAGGUGCUCGUGAACCCUGACCCGUGGCAAGAGAGACCCACAAUAAGUACCCGACCUGCGGCCGCAGAAUUGAUGUUCGAGCAAAAGUUUCCCCUCGCCUACCCAAAUGUUACGCCCAAAAGUCUUCUUCUUCGUGUAGGCUUACGAAUCGGGCAAUUGGUGGACGUGGACCAGUAGAAGUGGUGCAGCGAUGAGUGGAGCAGCGGUUGCCCGGUUGCUCCUCCGCCUGGAGCUCCCCUCGCCCGGAGUAAUGCCACCGCCGCCCACGGACUACGACUAUGGCGGAGCCAUCAGCGAGGAUGAGUUCCUGGCCAGCGUGGUGGCCACCUCGGAGGGACCUACAAUACGAUACGAUCUAUUUCCCCAGAACCACACCAACCAGCCCAGCUUGCACAUCCUGCUCAACCAUACGGAGGUGCAAACAGAUCUGCAAUAUCCGCACUACGAGGACUUGGGUCUGGAUCCGGACCCAAAUUGGACGCGUAUCUGCGAGGAUGUCUACAAUCCUUCGCUGGAAAACAAUCGCAUUGAGUUCUGGGUGUGCGGCGUUCUCAUAAAUAUCGUCGGAAUCCUCGGCAUCCUGGGCAACAUAAUAUCCAUGAUAAUCCUCUCCAGACCCCAGAUGAGAUCGAGUAUUAACUAUCUGCUCACUGGCCUGGCCCGCUGCGAUACUGUACUUAUAAUCACCUCAAUACUGCUAUUCGGCAUACCCUCUAUAUAUCCUUACACCGGACAUCUUUUUGGCUACUACAACUAUGUGUAUCCUUUUAUAUCCCCGGCUGUAUUUCCCAUUGGCAUGAUAGCCCAGACAGCCAGUAUAUAUAUGACAUUCACGGUGACCCUGGAACGAUAUGUGGCCGUUUGUCAUCCCUUAAAGGCGAGGGCCCUCUGUACUUAUGGCCGAGCCAAGAUCUACUUUAUAGUGUGUGUGUGCUUCUCGUUGGCCUACAAUAUGCCACGAUUUUGGGAGGUGCUGACAGUAACGUAUCCCGAACCGGGCACAGAUGUCAUACUCCACUGCGUGAGACCCUCGAGAUUGAGGAGAUCGGAGGCCUAUAUAAAUAUCUACAUACACUGGUGUUACCUCAUAGUGAACUAUAUAAUACCCUUUCUCACCUUGGCCAUACUAAAUUGUUUGAUAUACAGACAAGUGAAGAGGGCGAACAGGGAACGACAGCGAUUAUCGAGAUCGGAGCGGAGGGAGAUCGGUUUGGCCACCAUGCUGCUCUGUGUGGUGAUAGUUUUCUUCAUGCUGAACUUUCUGCCACUGGUUCUCAAUAUAUCCGAGGCCUUCUACAGCACCAUCGAUCAUAAGAUUACGAAAAUCUCAAAUCUAUUGAUCACAAUCAAUAGCAGUGUGAACUUCUUGAUAUACAUUAUAUUCGGCGAAAAGUUCAAGCGCAUUUUUUUACUCAUUUUUUUCAAGCGCCGCCUGAGUCGUGACCAGCCGGAUCUCAUCCACUACGAGAGCUCCAUAUCGAACAACGGCGAUGGUACGCUGAACCACCGAUCCUCCGGCCGCUUUUCGAGGCACGGCACCCAGCGGAGUACCACCACCACGUAUUUGGUGGCCACCGGAGGCGGCGGAGGAGGAGGACCCAACACCUGCGUUGGUGGCGUUGUCAAUAAUUCGCUGAAUAAUGUCCGACUCACCCAAGUGUCGGGCUCACCAGGUCUGGUCAAGAUCAAGCGGAAUCGGGCUCCAUCGCCGGGUCCAGUAGUUUACUUUCCAGCCCGCGAAAUGCAGAGAUCCGCGUCCACCACGAAUUCAUCCACCAAUAACAAUACCUCCAUUGGCUACGACUGGACGCUGCCGGACAACAAGAAACUGGGACAUGUCUCCUCCGGAUUCUGAGGAAAGUCGAGGAGGGAGGCGCAAGAGAAAGGGGUUAGCUUAGUCCACUAGUCUUGUAAAUAAGAAUAGCGCAAACGACAGCUGUGGUCAAAAUAUUAGCAGGGAUAGCUUACCUAAAAAUGUGGCUCCCAUUUUUUUUUAAUAUUUAAAAAAUUAUAUAUUUUGCAAGCGAUUAUUUACAAAAGAAAACAAUUUUAUAUAAUGUUCCUUAUACAACAUUUUGAAAUUUCUUAAAUUGGCUAAUUGUCCAAUUGUUACUGAAAGAUUUUAAAAAAGAUUUUAAAGAAUAAAUGAUUUUCACACGACUGUUCAAAAAAACAUACUUUUAUUUGGCUAAAACGUUUGCUAUUUAUUUCUAUUUGGACAUCUAAGCACUAAUGCUAGUAUAUUAUAUAAUUGUUUUCGAUUUUUUAUAUUAUAUUAUUAUUAUAUUAAG